UGGGGAUUUGGUGCCUCUUGCUUUUAUUGUUGCAUUCACAUCGGAUAUGAUUCCUCGUUUAGUUUACUACUAUGCUUAUUCUGAAAGUGAAGACUCUCCUAUGUCUGGAUACAUAAACAAUAGUUUGUCAGUGUUUCAAAUCUCAGAUUUUCCUGACAGAAACAGGCCUAAACUGAACCCAGAAAACUUUGUCAUAUGCAGGUACAGAGACUAUCGAUAUCCUCCAGAUCAUGAGCGGAGAUACGUACACACUAUGCAGUUCUGGCACAUUCUUGCUGCAAAACUGGCCUUUAUAAUUAUUAUGGAGCAUGUUGUAUUCAUCGUCAAAUUCUUUGUAGCAUGGAUGAUUCCUGAUGUCCCUGCAGACGUGAAAGCCAAAAUAAAACGUGAAAAGUAUUUAACACAGAAAAUCCUACAUGAAUAUGAACUUGAAAAAUUGAAGGAAAGACUGUGUCAAGGUGAUAAACGAGCCACGGAAAAGGAGUUCAUCGCCACGGAAGGGAGAAUGGAGUUAUCCAGAGCGAUGUAGCUGAAAAAACAACUGCUUGGGAUUUAGCUCAUUUUAGCUUUUUUAUAUCUGUGAUUUGCUCAGUAUGCAUCGUCUUGAAAGCUUAGGACAGUUUCAACCCUUCGCUUUCACUCCAAAGAUUUUAGACUUUUCUUUAAAAGUCUUACUGAGCAUUCUAGGUUUAGUCAAUCUAUUUAACUGUAUGACUUCGGCACUGUUUUGUAUUUACCCGUCACUUUGAAUAAUAAGUGUAAUCUUGUAAUCCUAGAAUUUGGAUUCCCGGUGUAGGGAAUAUUACCCUCAAAGGGCUCACAGGAUAUGAUAAGGUCAUUACCACCAAGCCCUCCCCCUGUUGCUAAAUGCAAAGUUCCAGGCUGUAUCCCAGCUGAAUGAAAAGGAUAUCACAGAGGAGUCCUGUGGUGGCAAAUGUGGAGAAUGACUGUUUUUAUGACAUGAUCAUUUAAAUAGGAGAACACUCCUGAUGCAAGGGUUAGGGUUUGGGGCUUUUUUUUGUAUCCACUAUGUCUUAUGAAACAUUUUUUUGCAGCUUUGAACUUCUAUACGCGUGUUAGAAGGAAUGGAUUUUUAAAGAUACAUUGGCUUAAUUCCACUUGGAAUUAUUUAUAGGCACAGAAUUCAGUUAAUACAUACUAAUGAAGGAAAAAGCCCCAUCAUUUAUUUUCUUAAAGAUAUUGUCUGCCAAAGAGUUUGCUCUUUAAAUGCAAAUAUUACGGAAUCAUCUAAUGACUGUUUUUUGAAAAGAUAUAUAUACAAUUUGGAGAAAUACAGCCAAUUUAUUUCUCAGCCUCAAAAACUGCCAUUGGAAGAUCAUGCUUGACGUUAGUUUUGGCCAAAGCUGCCCCGUUGUUUGGAUUCUCUGUGGAUGCCAGCGAAGGACUAAAGCUGCGCGUCCCUGCUCGACGCCUGCUCUGGAGUACGACUGCACAGUGCGGCGGAUUGGGAGCUGGACCGCCACGCUCGUUCACCGAGCUGGGUACUUGGUGUAUGGUUUUGUAUUCAAAAGAUCUUAA